GUCACGAAUGUUUGAAAAAAUACCGAUAAAAAAAAGCUAAAAAAGAUCCACUCCCCAAAAAUCUUCGUACAAUCGUAACAAAACGCAAAAAGAAUUCAACUUUAAUCAGAUUCCUCACUGAUACACUCAAAUCCGUCGAUUCAAUCCACGCACACAGCUAAAAAAUUCAAUAGUUAUCACACAAUCACAAAACUCACUGCAAUAACCGAUCAGAAAUUAGAAAAGAAUUGAAGAAAAAUGUCAUCUUGGAUCCCUCAACUCUUCAAUCCCUUCUCCGACGGCGAUGAUAAUCCCAAUCCGCCUGAACAUCCCCCACCCCAGAAAAGCCCCACCGCCGCCGCUAGGGAUGAUCUCUCAGCCGUGUUCCGCGGCGUCGCCGCCUUUCUUGCGCCUCCCCCUGCGGCGACGGCGUCUGAGCCGGCUUCCUCAUCGGAGACAAUUGAGGGGAUUAAGAGUGAUUUGGCUGAAAUUCAGGGCACAUUCAGAUCAGGGCUGUCGUUAAUUUCGUCGAAGAUUAGUUCAAAUCUGCUGCAGCUCCAGAAUCAACUCGGUGAUAGAGAUGAUGGGAGUGAUGAUGCGGAAGAAGAUGAGGAAGAUGGAUUGGGAAUUAGUGAUGAGAUUCUGGAUUUUGUUUCGAAAAUCUCGAGGCGGCGGGAGCUGUGGACUGAUUUCCCUCUUUCCUUGCCUGAUGAUGAUUUUCAUUUGUCGGAUUAUCAGAGAGAACAUGCGGCAAAUAUUGAACAUUUAGUACCCGACUUUGAGACGCUGAGGCAAAUAAUCUGCACUCAAAUGAGCACAGAGAAGUUUUGGCUUAUCUACUUUAUUCUACUUCUCCCCAGGUUGAAUGACAAAGAUCUGAAGCUUCUCUCGACUCCACAGGUUGCCGAAGCAAGGGAGACACUUUUCAAGCAGCUACAAAAUAAGAAUGAUCAGGAAACCUCCGAAGGCCCUGCAUCAUCUGAUGCUAAGGAUGCAUCUGCCGAGACUGUAAAUCCAACUCAACUGAAAGAGACUGUUGAAGAACCUGAAUCUGAAUCCAGACAUCAGCCUAAUGCAUCCACCGAGACUCUAAAUCCAACUCAACCGAGAGAGACUGUUGAAGAACCUGAAUCUGAAUCCGGCCAUCAUUCUUCUGCAGUUGAGACACGUCCACUGACUGAUGCUCAAAAGCAAUCUCCCAACGGGGAGGAUGUAUCGUUUAGUGAUCUUGAAGACGACGAAGAUGAUGAUCCAUCAGAGAAGCUAUCAUCAGCACCUAGGGCAUCAACGAGCGACAAAACGUGGGUUCAACUGGACGAGAGCUCUGGAUCUCAGGGUCCUAAGCAGAACGCGUGCCAAGGUGUCUCGAAAGAUAAAGAAUCAGAAGGUGAAGACUCGAACGACUGGCUCACCGUUGAUGAUACUGAUUUCGACAGCUUGGGAGCAGUGUGAAACUUCUCAUAUGCGUAAAUUUGUUUCUCCAUUCCUAUUUUUUUUUACUUUUACAUUUGUGUAUAAAUUAGCUACCUUGAUAAUCAAAAGGUGGGUGGGUGUUAUCACAAUACAUGUCAAGAAAUUGUGUUUAUUGGAUCCAA